AAGAUGGCGGCCUCCAUGUGCGACGUGUUCUCCUUCUGCAUGGGCGUGGCGGGCCGGGCCCGGGUCUCCGUGGAAGUUCGCUUCGUGAGCAGCUCCAAGGGAAAGGGGCUUUUUGCCACGCAGCUGAUCCGGAAGGGGGAGACCAUCUUUGUAGAACGGCCCCUGGUGGCUGCACAGUUUCUCUGGAAUGCGCUUUAUCGCUACCGAGCCUGUGACCACUGCCUGCGGGCACUGGAGAAAGCGGAGGAGAAUGCCCAGAGGCUGACUGGGAAACCCGGCCAGGUGCUGCCUCACCCUGAGCUAUGCCCUGUGCGCAAGGACCUCCACCAGAACUGCCCCCACUGCCAGGUGAUGUACUGCAGUGCAGAAUGUCGGCUGGCAGCUGCUGAGCAAUACCAUCGGGUCCUGUGCCCAGGCCCUUCCCAGGAUGACCCCCUGCAUCCUCUCAAUAAGCUGCAGGAGGCAUGGAGGAGUGUUCACUACCCCCCUGAGACUGCUAGCAUCAUGCUGAUGGCCCGGAUGGUGGCCACAGUGAAGCAGGCUAAGGAUAAGGAUCGUUGGAUCAGGCUCUUCUCCCAGUUCUGUAAUAAAACGGCCAAUGAGGAGGAAGAAAUUGUCCACAAACUCUUGGGGGACAAAUUCAAGGGCCAACUGGAACUUCUGCGGAGACUCUUCACAGAGGCCCUUUAUGAGGAAGCACUCAGCCAGUGGUUCACUCCAGAUGGAUUCCGGUCUCUCUUUGCUCUUGUUGGGACCAAUGGUCAAGGAAUUGGGACCAGCUCCCUCAGCCAGUGGGUCCAUGCCUGUGACGCUCUGGAGCUGAAGCCACAGGACCGUGAGCAGUUGGAUGCCUUCAUUGACCAGCUAUACAAGGACAUCGAGGCAGCAACUGGCGAGUUCCUUAACUGUGAAGGAUCAGGCCUCUUUGUGCUUCAGAGCUGCUGCAACCACAGCUGUGUCCCCAAUGCAGAGACCUCCUUCCCAGAAAACAACUUCCUUUUGCAUGUCACCGCCCUGGAGGAUAUUAAGCCAGGAGAGGAAAUCUGUAUCAGCUACUUGGACUGCUGUCAGCGGGAGCGCAGUCGCCACAGCCGCCACAAGAUCCUCAGGGAGAACUAUCUGUUUGUCUGUUCCUGCCCCAAAUGCCUGGCAGAAGCUGAUGAACCCAACGUGACCUCAGAGGAGGAGGAUGAAGAGGAGGAAGAAGGAGAGGCAGAAGAUGCAGAGCUGGGGGACGAGAUGACCGAUGUGUGAUGUCACCAUGCCUGGAAGGGGCCUUAUCCCAGACUCUGCCAGAAAAUGGGGCCUUCCCCCAGAGAAGAGGCUUGGAAGGAACUCCCCACUCCCGUUGCCUGCUCCCCCGCCCCGGCCCCCAUUCCAGCUGUUUCUGCCAGAGGGCAGGAAAGAGGCUGGACCCUAGGCCCUCCACUCCCCACCAGACCUCACGCCCUGGACACUGCUGCUGAGUGGCUCGGGUUCUGCGCUGCCGCUGAGCCUUUCAGAAUUGGCCUCCUCCUGACGUACUCCAUUCCAGAGUGUGAGCGGCUGGAACCAAGGCCCUGGCACAGUGGCUGGCCCCACGCUACGGAAAAGGCUUCUGGCCUCCCUCAGGAGGGGCGUGUGGGUGAUCAUUACCCCUUCCUCACACCACUUCCCAUUGAAGACUCUAGCAGCAUGGCUGAGACCUGGCGGGUGACAGGCCUGUGCUCCUUGGGAUGCUCCAAAUGGUCCCCUGGGACCAGUUGAAUAUGGGUCAGUUAGGGGCUCUCCUGGCCUCAGUCCAUCUUUAGGGUCUCCACAGAGGAACACUGAAGUCUUCCAGAAACCUAGAAGAGCUGGGUUAGAUACUCGGAGAUUAGCCCUGACUGUAUCCUCCAAUCCCAAAUUAGCAGUACCCCUCACUCUUGUUUUGGGUGCUGUGGGAAUUAUAACCCAUCACUUGCAAUUCCUUUCUGCCUACCUUCCCUAAGGGGUCUUCACAUCCCCCUGCUAAGGGAUCCUAGGAAGGCAGGUGCCUGCCCACAGGCCCUUCCCUGGAUUAUGAGCCAGGUAGAGCCUGCCUGUCUGGCCUAUUGGGUUCUUGCUCCUUCACAGCAGGCAGCAUCUCCUCCUACCCCCACCUGCCCACUGUUCUCAAUAAAAUGUGAGUGGUGA